AGACCUUUAGGAACUCUUACUUUCUUCUUGAAAAUAACCUUCUCCUUCACCUUGUUGAAUGCAUACGAAUGUAAUCAACUGGAUCACAUACAAAAAACAAUGAACCCUCGUUCUACUUUUGCACCGUACGACGAGUACCUCAUCAGAUCUAGUACUUUGCGUCUUGGUCACCCAUGUACCUUAGUGAUCUUAAUAGAACUCUACAAUCUGAACGAAGAUGUUGAGAGCUCUGGAUCUGAACAAGAGUUGCCAAGUCUCCGAUGCAUGAAGAAGAACCCUCCUCAUUUCAGUGCAAUACUUAAGCUCCCAAAGAAGCUAGACAUUUGGAGGAUGCACGAGUGGACUCUAUACGAGUAUGAUGCAUUCCUCUGCAGAGUACAAGGGACGGGAACUCCAAGGUUGCUUGGACGUUUAGAAAAUUCUACAAAAACUCAUGAUCAAGGAGUGGAGAAAGCAGUGAUCUAACAUUAUUUAAAAUUUUAUAAAAAAUUAAUUUUUAG